UUUUCUACUGGUUACAUAUAUGUUUUCACAAUUUGAUUGAACAGAACUACUUUCACUUUACGCCUUGUAGGCACACAAAAUCUAUCUAGAAUCAUUGCAAGACGUUUUUUGAUGGUUUGAUGAUGUGGUAUGCUGAAACAUUAUCGUACCUUCACACGUUUAACUUAGUAGCUCUUAUUCUCAAUGUCAUUCUGAUCGCAGUAGUAUCACUAGCAACUAUUAAAGCAUACACUUGGAUGACCACUGGAUUGUACAACGGUAACACCAACAUGAAAGGAAAAGUUGUUAUUAUUACCGGAUGCAACUCUGGUAUUGGUAAAGAAACUGCUAAAGAUAUAGCUAAACGAGGAGCAAGAUUAAUCAUGGCGUGUAGAAAUAUAGAGGUCAGCUCAAAAGUCCGAGAUGAAAUUAUUGAAUAUAGUGGAAACAAUAAUGUUGUAUUGAUGGAACUAGACUUGAGCAGUUUGAAUUCAGUUCGUAAAUUCGCUGGUAAAAUUAACCAACAAGAAUCCAGAUUAGAUGUACUCAUCAAUAACGCAGGGGUAGCUAAAACUUUUGGCAAGACAAUCACCGAAGACAAUUUAGAAUUAACUAUGGCAACAAAUCAGUAUGGACCAUACUUACUAACACGUUUACUUCUACCAUUACUCAAAAAAAGUGCACCAAGCCGAAUCGUUAUUGUGGCCUCAGAAUUGUAUCGAUUUGCCAAAUUAAAUUUAGACAAACCAAAUCCAACAAAUCAGAUUCCCGCCUAUCUGUACUACGUGUCUAAGUAUGCAAACAUCAUGUUUUCAAAUGAAUUGGCAAGAAGAUUGAAUGAAAGUAACUCAGGUGUUACUUGUAAUUGUCUUCAUCCUGGUAUGAUCGAUUCAGGUAUAUGGAGAAAUGUUCCUUUUCCACUAAAUUUGCCCAUUCAAUUGGUUGUUAAAACAAUGUUUAAGACCUCUGAACAAGGUGCACAAACAACAAUCUAUUUAGCUGUUAGUGAAGAUGUAGAAAAAACAAAUGGAAAAUACUUUAAAGAUUGCAAAGAAGCCAGCCUAAGAAAUGACAUACUCAACGUAGAAAACCAGAAAAAGUAUUGGGAUAUUUGCGAGAAACUUGUGAAAAUUGGACCAUGCGAUCCAAGGGUUUAACUUAAUAAAACAUUUUUAUUUUAUCCAUAUGACUAAAAUAAAAAUAUCGUUCUUGAUAUUUUAAAAAUAAAAUAAAACAAGUCGUAAACAACAAAUUUGCUAUUGUAAAUAUACGACACGUAUAAGCACAAAGAAAUGCAUUUUAAUUUAAAUAUUAUUUACUCAUUAUCAGGUAUUUAUAAUUAAAUUCUAAGCUAUAUGCUUUGAGGCAUUUGACAUAAUUUUUAACUAAUCAAACGUUUUAAAUUUUAUUGUUUAAUAAAUCAAACUAUGUAAUUAUUAUAUACUUUAAAAUAGAGUAAAAAUAAAAAAAUAUAUUCAUAUAUUAUUUACAAAAUAAUUUGAUUGAAUACAAGUUUAUUAAAUGUGUUUUUUAAAUAUCUAACUUUUUUUUGUACUACAGAAUUUUUUAUGUAUUGGUAAUAUUUUACAAUAUAAUUAAUUGUCUACUUAACUCAAUUAUCUGUUUAUAUUUGUGUAGGUGUAUUCAAUAAACAUUAAUAAACUUUAAGCAACAUAUAAAAAGAGUUUAACAGAAAGCCAUUAUAAUUUUAAAUAAUACAUUUUCCUAUAAUUGUUAAUUCAUUAUCUUAAUAAUUAAAUUUAGUAGAACAUAAAUAUAAUAUUUUAAUAACA